AUGGGCGUGCAGACAGACCGCCCGACAUCAGACCAACUAAACGACCUCCUCCACCUGACGACCUGCAUAACAGAAUCCCUCCGCCUCAUGCCCCCCAUCGGUCAACUCAUCAACCGCCUCGCCACAUCAUCCCUGACCCUCGGUGAAGACCACGUCGUGCCGGAGGGGACGUAUGUAGGCUACAACUCCUACGCGACGAACUGUGAUCCGGAUGUGUGGGGGAAGGAUGCGGAUGAGUUCAUCCCCGGGAGGUGGGGCGAGACGAUUGAGGAGGUGAGGAAGCAGUAUCGGAGGCAGAAGGCGAGGGCGGAGUUGAUUAGGUUUCAUGGGGGGAGGAGGGCUUGUCUUGGGGAGGGGUUUGCGAUGGUGGAGUUGAAGGUUACGGUGUUUAUGCUGGUGAGGUGGGUGAGGUGGAGCUUGGAUGAGGAGUGGGAGGAGAAGAUGACGCCGGCUGGGCCGCUGGCGCCGAGAGGGCUAAGGUUGGUGUUUGCAAAGCGGUAA